AUUCCUUUGAUGGUCCGCGGGUCAGACAAUAUAUUAUGAUAUUAUUUGAUAGCUUUUACGCAACUCGGCGCCCAGGGAGUCACAUGGACCGUUAAUGAAUCGGUUUUUAAACUGAGAGUUUUACUCGUAAGGGAGGAGUUUUUCCGUUGUUUCGCGACAAAAAGUUAGGGUGCUAACAUCACCGUUGAUCUUGCAUCAGUUUUCCUCUGUUAUACUUGUUUCUGCCAACAGUUCCGCCUUGUAGACGAAAAUCAACCCGGUAAAAUGGCGAAGAGCACUAUUUUGUAUCUUCGCAUUGGCGAGGGAAAGAAUUUACCUCGGAAGGACAUGUGAGUUGGAGCGGACGAUUUCAUUCUUAAAUAAUAUAUUUGUUUUUCGCACGUUAUUAACGCUUUUGAAUGAAAGGAAUUUUGUCCCGGUCAAUGUUCAGUUAGUUCACUCGGGAAUUAUUUGAUUUUGUUUUAUUUUAUUUUGUAAAUAGCUCUGGAAAGAGUGAUCCAUACUGCAUUGUGAAAGUGGACAACGAGCCUGUAGCGAGGUAAGUAAAUACCUUUGGGCUUUUUCUGUUGCUAAUUGACUUAUACUGUAUUAACAACGAGUGUCAAGUAUUUUGAUGAAAGCAAAUCAUUGCUAAAAGGUGUUACAAUCUAUGAAAAUCGCAGGUAACUUUGUAUGAUUUUAAGUUAAAAUUGCUUAGUUGCCACAUACUUUACGGGGUUUUCCGCUUUCAAUGUUUAAAUAUCUGACGGGAAUAAACAAGAAAGUGUAGAGUCCAAAAUUUAACAAAGUAAACAGUAAGUGAACAACUCCAUGACAGCUGAUUUAAUCUCGCGACAAAUCUUUGAAUAAAACUUACUUCCUUGUAAAAAUGCACAGACGAAAUCAGUCACCUAGCGGACGUGGUUACAUUACAAAUUGAUUUUCGGCCGCUUAGUUACGAUUCUUUCGCUUACGAUCCGAAAGCAGGCGACAUCUAUGAUCUGUUCAAGCAGUGUAUAUCGAAUAAACCCGAUCACAUUCGUAAAAGUGAUUUGACCAAAAUCUACAUACUGACUCAAAUAUAAACAAAGCUUGGUAUAUGAAAAAAAAAAAAACGGGAAAAAAGGUCAUCGAUCCACUUUUUUUUUCAUUCUUCCAAGUCGAAGAUCAUAGAAGAAAAAUUAUACCCUAAUUAGAUGUUUAUUGCUCAGAGACCAUCUGGUGUAAUUGACUCUUGCGAGGUGUAAAAAAGCAAUUAAUUAAAGGUGAUAAUUAACUGAACCAUUUUAACAUUGAGUUGAGGUCAAUUUAAGACAACGUUUAGUUUGAUCGAGCAAAGCGGAAAAUAAUUUUAAUUUCUAAAAUAUCAAUCUGGUGAAAGAACAAAGGGUUCUUUGCCGUUCACGAGGCUAUUAUACCUCGUUCAAAACGGAUAGGAGAAGGGAAAGGGUCUUGAAGAUCGCAUCAACAGAUAUAAAUCAAUUUCCGUCCGUUUUACCCGCUCGAAUCGGUUCAAUGAAUUCAGCUUUGCGUGGGAGAUAAAUGCAAAUCUUGUGACAAAUCCUUCGGCCCAGAAUGAAUAAUUCUUCACGCCAGGUAGUACCAACCGUACUGACUCCAUUCAAAACACUUCCGUUAACUUUUGAGUCUCCUUGGGUAAUUGAAUAACUAAAUUGAUUAUAGUAGCGGCCUGAUCUGGAGGAACAUGUUAAGGCCUUGUUUAGGCAAUAACUUAAUGUUGUAAUAAAAACAGUUUUGUCGCGAAGAUCAUAAAGUAAGCACGACACACUGUUGUUUCUUUUUUUCUUCUGAACUCCUAGACCACUAUUAAAAUCAAACUAGAGGGGUUGAAAAUCGCUUGUUUUGAUUUGCUCGCUCUGUUCACCUUGUCAAUAAAGGAUUUUUGUCAACGCUCUCGAUACCCUUUAGGCCAGGUUAAAAUUCAAUUUCCCUUUUAACAUUUUCAAGUACACCUAGACAUUUCUUCGGAACCUAAGGAACAUUGAUAUUAACAACACUUGGCUUGUGCAUUAAUUUUUUUUCUCGUGGAAUAACUUAUCACCUAAGUUGUGACACUUUUUCCUCUUUUGUAGAACUGCCACAGUUUGGAGAGAUUUGGAGCCAUUUUGGGGAGAAGAGUACACUAUGUUUCUUCCUGUUGGUUUUACGAAUUUGUCUGUUUUUGUUUAUGAUGAGGACACCAUCGGGUAAUAAUAGCUGCACUUUUCUCGUCUGAAUGCUUUUCGACCAACAAAACUGACAUUAUGUAAUGAACCAUGUUUCAAAAGACCGUUCCGCGCAAACGGCAAUUUUCAUUUGACUGUCGAUAGAAAUAUAAAAUUGCAUUGGUGUUUCUUUUUUUGUGAUUGGUCUAGAAAGCUCGUGCCGCCCUCUGAACCAAUCAAAAGCAAACAGUUACCCUCUGCGUCUUGACACUUGUGUUUCCCCGCGCUUCAAACGGUCAAAAUGUAUUGAGUUCUCAUUGGCCCCACGUGAUAUUUUUCUUUUUUUUUAUAUUAGCAGUUAGAUUAACUAAGGUUCAUCUGCUGCCACACACAAUUUUGAAUCAUCACAAAUGUUAUAUACCGCAAUUCCGCCGAGAGAUACCCAGUUUUAGUUGGUAACUUCGAAAGUGCUUUUCUUUUUUUCGCUAGGGUCGAUGAUCUUAUUGGUCGAGUGACAUUUGACCGAGAGACAUUGGCGCAAAGUUCCAAGGGACUGGACAAAUGGUUUCCCGUGUCUUUAGCCGAUAUGCACAACUAUUCAGACAUUCAAGGUGAUAUCAGAAUUGAAACAACAUUGUUCGAAAAGGUAAGAAAAGUCCGCACAACACGACUAAAUUUCACGCGUACUUAAAACCACAAAGUUAAGUUUUUACCAAAUGUCCCGAAGAAAUCACUACCACUCACGAUUUUACGACGAAGACUAACGAGGAACAACACAAUAGCAGUAACCUUCAGUUAAAAAAUGCUGCGAGAGCACUGAAACAAGUGAAGGUGAAGAUUUUACUCCUCUUCACCUUUGGGACGGAAUAGUAUACUUGUUACCGUCUUCCCAUUUCAGGGUCUAACGUGGCGCUUUUUUACUGUGCUCCUGGAUGGGUGGAAUUCAAAGGGAAUAAUUUGUGACAGGAUGCUUUUUUUUUCCACUUUUGCAACCAGGGAGAUGUUAAGAAAAUCAGAGCAAAAGUUGUAGAAGUCAGGUAAUUGGAGCUCAGAUCAUGUACCUUUUUUUAAUCAAUAAAGUGUCCUAGAUCUGACUAGAAAUUCUCACUUCUGACCUUCACAUAUUUCUUUGUAAACUAGUCAAGAGAAUUUGGUGUUUUCUCAACAGAAUAUCCUCAAACUAAGAUCGUUGUCUAUUCUCGUCACCUGUUUGCUGGAUAAUGUAUUAAAAUUGCUGAGGAGAAGUUACAUGUUCAUCUAUCUCCUCUAGGGACCUUCCCGAGACAGGCCGUAGCAUUUUAGAGCCAUCUGUAAAGCUCACCCUCAGGGAAUCAAGUACAGGCGGUGGUCAGAUGCGAUUAUCAUUACGAGAAACAGUCGUCAAACUCGCAGAGGUAAAAAUUUACAGCAGAGUGUAGGAAAUGGUUAGUCAAUCCAGGGGUGGCGGCAAUUAAUGGAAUAAAAUCCACGGCCUUUAAGGUGAAGAGUAAAGUGUCCCAUCCAAAAACAGCGUUCGUGUUCCACUGGUAUCUUACAUCAAGGCUUCACCUGAGUUCCGCUGACAAAGAAGUAUUUUAUUUGUGGUUAAGAGGGGAAAUAAGGGGGGCACCUCUUUCCUUGCCCCCGGUUCUCCCCCCCCCCCACCCAUCAUUCCAACAUUCUCAUUGUCAUAAAAACUUCCAUAAUUUCCAUAACUUGUACAACUUACGGAGAAUUCACAAGUAUUAAUAUAUUAAAAGCUUCAAAUUUCGGGCAAAUUUAGACAGGAACAUCACUUAUGGGAACCUUAAUUACGGUGGCCCCAUAAAUUUGUCUGAGGGAGAUGAAAUGAUCCUUAAGAUAUUUUUUUUUAUCGUUCUCCAGGGACACAAAAAGAUGUGGAUUCCCGCAAAACAGAAGUGCUUAGAGGUGGACGUGAAAGAACCGCUACAGGAACUAAAGAUGACAGCUGAAAUGAAGAUCGAAUCUGAUGCACUCUGCUGUUUUGGGCAGGUAAUCAAUGAAACUGUAAGGUUUAUAUAAUGAUGGUAAUUUUCAUUCGUAAUAUGUCCACUAUUGCUUUCAGAAGUAACAAAAAUAUUUGGUUUAAUUUUCAAACAGUUACAGGGGUUACAGGCAUUUAUAAUUUUGUGAUAACGUGAAAGAUUUUGCUAAAUGGCUCCAAGCGACAGAUUUGAAAAAAUUCAGCAUUUACAUGUUCUCAGCCGAUAAAACGCGAAACAAAAACGCUCAUCGAAGCAGUAUUCCGCGCUUGAUGGAGUUGAUGGAGUUCUCUACGUGCCCUAUGAUUACGUGUUUCAAUUCUCUUGGUUUUGACUAAGUGCUACAACUGAAAACAAGUAAGAAAGUCAAAAUCAUUGAAUCUACAAUGACUAAUACAACAAUGAAAACUUAAAAUAAACGAGACGAGUUCCUGUUGCUAUGAGCAACGUGGAUCAUUUCAUGCAAAAUGCCAUAGUGCACUCGUAAAUAGCCAUCCGUUCCUUCUGCCACAGCCCAAGGAUACAGAACUUUAACUUCCUGGGCUAUCACUCCGCAGUCCUCCCCAGUCAGUCCGUAGGUCUUCUGAGCGUUUUCAUUCCAUUUCCAGCAGACCCCCCUCAAGCCGAUAUCGUUGAAAUCGGAGCAGGAAAGCGUUGUUACAUUGUCUUUCAGAUCUUCGUCGCUGAAAAAUAAUGCACCCGCGAGGAAUGGGGCAAAAUACUUAGCAGCGCUCUUAGCAUAUUCCCACCAGCUUUCUUCCUCUUGUUUUCUCUUCACUUCUUCUCGUCUUUUGUUUUCUUCCUCCUGUCUUCUUUUUUCUUCCUCCUGUCUUCUUUUUUCUUCCUCCUGUCUUCUUUUUUCGUUUUCCUCACGCUUUCUUUUCUCUUCCAGCGUACUCAUGAGUUCUUCUUCCGCCUUUUCUAUCUCGCUUUGUAGACUGCAUUCCUGUUCAAACUUACGUAAAGCUUUAAACAUAUUGCUUUCCAUUUCUCUCGAGGUCUGCUGCAGUAAGACGGGCUUGAUAUACUCUUCGUAUCUUCUUGUACAAAUAUAUGUUUCCACGACGGCAUAUACAUCUCCGAAAUCUUUCCAAGAAUCAUUAGGACUAUUCAUUGCUUCAACAAGCUUUGUGGUGAGGACACGAAGUGCUUCACCGUCAAUUGGAGGGCCUCCUGAUGAAUAUUUCACAGGGCUGUCCUUCAUCUUCUGCACCAACUUUUCGAACGAUUUCCAAGCAGAACUUUCUUGCAAGCGCUUUAUGUCUCUGAAUAAUUCAGAAUUAUCCACCGAAGGGAUAUGACUCACUGAAAUACGAUCUUCUGGAAAGUAUUUCUUGAUUAUUUUCUCCUUUCUCAUACUCUGCCCGUCAGGAUGAAAUAUUUUUUGACGGAUUUUAUAUCUUCAAGGCUGUCAUCAUCGGGGACGUUCAAAUUUGUUCGUAACACGAUUCGAAGUUUGGGGAAAUUAUUUGGAAUUUCUUUACCUUCGAAGACAAGCUCGCUCAAGCGUACUAUGCGAUAAAGGAAGUUGAUGUCUCCAUUUUUCACGACUUGUAGUGCAAAAAUAUUCAGUCCGGAAGACAGCAUGGCUGUAAACAUACUAAGGCGAUCAGUUACACUAUCAUUUCCUAAAUCUGUACCUUCCACAUCAAGCAAAAGUAUGCUUCCAUUUUUAUCGGGAUGUCGUAUUAUGUGCGCCCACACUCCACGAGUGACAGGAUCCAACGAGGCACCAGAUUCAAAAACCUCUUCAAUUGCAUUAGACUUUCUCUCUAGACUGCAAAUAGAACUGAAUACGUUUAGGAAGGUUGAUUUUCCAACUCGAGCAUUUCCAACAGCGGCGAUAACUCGGAUCGGUGGCUCCAUCUGUGAUAUCUCUUCCAAAACAUCAGGGUUCAGCUCAAAUGCAUUCGGAGAACUUUUGUUAUUCACUGAGUACAGUAGGAUCUUGGCUUGUUGUGCUUCGGCUACUAUAACGAAGCCCGAAUCAAAGAGAAGCGUUCCAAAGGCGAUAAGCAGUAGACAAAUCAUGGUCCACUUCUUGCUGUUCAAAGAAAGGGUUUGAUACACGAGUUUGAUACCCUAAAUUAUUUAUUCGGUGAGACUACGAGGGAAAAACACCUGUUUAAAAUUCAUGAAAUGCACAUCCGGCCUAAGAGGAAGCCCUAAGGUAAUUUGCGUUUUACCAAUGCAGUAUGACACUGCAUUUUCCUAAUCUCUAUGGUCUCCUUUUAAAGCCUCAGAAGUUCACUGUUCUGAAGUAUGGAAAAGUCUGCUUCAUUUUACCUUCGAUAGUUUUUCUUUCUUUCUGGGGCGUUUCAAGCCUUGCAAACGUUGCAAAACACAUUCCUAGUCAAAGAUGCAGUUUAAGCGGUUUCACUUUCCUUAUGAAUCCGAAGGGACGAACUAUGAAGGAACUUGAAUCACCAGUGGGCCAUGGAUGGUUGGGGAACCAGGGGGGUUCUCGUGCCACCGCUCAUCACAAAAGUUUCAUUGUAGAGAUGUUAUUUUACGAAUUCUCGCACCUCACUUUAUCUCAUUUAAGAUACAUAUUAAGACUAAAAGACACAAUGUCAUCACUAAUUUUGACUUGUUGAGCAUGAAAGUAACUUAUCUCGUACGUUACUCGACAGAAAGCGAACAUUUUAAACAUGGACGUCUUAAAAGCCAACUAUUGUAAAGUUUCUCUUCAAUACUCUAUCCUCAUUACUUUCUUCUGAGUCACUGACACAGGUCAGAGCGUGGGGGUUCUUAAAUAUUUCAUCGUCUGUCAUGCAGAACCACCCUUUUGUGCGAGCAAGUCCUGUGUUGUUACAGGAGCAGUUUUGCUGACAGGCGGACGUUUUCCACUAGCUCGUCUUCGGCUCGACAAGGCAUGCUGCUGCCGGUGCUUAUUGUGAAAAGCUUCAUUUCAAAAGAAUUUAGAGCGGAUAAAUGAUUAAGUAACUUAAUGAAGAAAAAUAUCAAUAAUAAUAUUGCAUUUUUCGAAGGAUAACACAGGUACACGUAUAGCGCAAAAGCGAUCGAGGCCUCCUCAGAGGUCACGUGCCUGUUCACGUGGCCAUAUUUUGCAUUGGCUGAACAUGGCUGGCCUUAUGUCAUUAAGAGCUUACGAUAUAUUAGAAACAUAACUGAGCCUGACUGAGCCUUGUUUCAUGUCCAACAGUAAAUGGGACGAAAAUAGUACAGUCGAACCUGUGUUAAGCAGUCACCCGCGAGGAAUGGCGGUAUGACCGCUUAAUACAGGUUCCACAGAGGUAUGUAAAAAAAGGACAAAAACGCUAUUUUACAGGUCUAAAUAACCUAAAACUUGGUCAGAACUGUAGAUUGUACGACCCUUUCAUUUAAAAUAGCAGAACACAAAUGCACAUUUUAUACAUUUAUGCCACAGAGGCCGUAUAAAUGUGCUCAUGACAGCACUAUAGGGCUAUUUUAGUCGGUGCACGGUCACGUGACCUCGAUUUGCACAACCUGGGUACGUUUGAGAUUCAUGUUGUAAAUAUGUAACUAUAAUUGAAGAUUUCAGUCAUAAUAAGUGAUAAGUGUAAGCAAUAUCAAUGGUUUAAUGACUGUGCCUCGUUUCCAUGAAUUAAAGGAGUGGCGUAUGGAUACAGCCCCUUUACAUAGAACCUAUGCAACAAUACAACUCCAAACUACUUAACAUUAAUCAGCCUGCAUUUUUCUAUCAAAAUCCACUAUCAAAUUUUUUCUCACUCGAUCACUUUACGAAACCCUUUUUUGGGGAUCCUGGCCUCCGAUCUGCAUCCGUCAUGAGUUACAAGUUAAAAAAUCAAGAUCAUGGAUUCUAGAUUGACUAAUACAACAAUGAAAACUCAAAAUGAACGUUACAAGUUCCUGUUGCUAUGGGCAACGUUGAUCAUUUCAUACAAAAUGCCAUAGUGCACUAGUAGAUAGCCAUCCGUUCCUGCUGUCACAGCCCAAGGAUACAGAACUUUAACUUCCUGGGCUAUCACUCCGCAGUCCUCCCCAGUCAGUCCGAAGGUCUUCUGAGCGUUUUCAUUCCAUUCCCAGCAGACCCCCCUCAGGCCGAUAUUGUUGAACUCGGAGCUGGACAGGGUUGUUAAGUUUUCUUUCAGAUCUUUAUCACUGAAAAUGUAUGCACCUGCGAUAAAUGUACCUAAAUAACUACUAGCGGUCUUUCCAUAUUCCCACCAACUUUCUUCAUCUCUUUUUCUCUUCUCUUCUUGCAUUCUUCUUUCUUCUCUCCUUUGUUUUUCCUGUUCUUCAAACUCUCUUUUAUCCCUUGCUGUACGCUUGAGCUCUUCCUUCGCAUCCUCUAUUUCUCCUUGUAGGUUACACACAAGUUUAAAUUUGUCUAAGGCCUCUAUCAUCCCGUCUUGUAUUUCGAUUGAGGUUCUCCACUUUAAAACCGGCUCAAUGUGCUCUUUGUAACUCUUUCUACAAAUAUCUCUUUCCCAGGUUUCGUACACGUUUCCAAAAUAUUCCCAUGAAUUAUUGUUCAUUAUUUGAACCAGCCGCUCGGCGAGGUCGAUAAGCGCUUCACCGUCGAUAGAACUUCCUUCAAAAGUUUUUUUUUCUGGACUUUCCUUAAUUUUCUCGAUCGCGGUUUUGAACGCUUUCCAAGCAGAACUGGUCUCUAACACAUUUUGAUCUCUGAAUAGUUGAGCGGCAUUGUGAACAUACGGAAUCCGGGUGACUGCGAUGGAAUCCUUCGGAAAAAAUUUAUAGAUCGUUUCCAUUUUAUCUUCCUUCCCUUUAUGAGUUUCACCUCUGAAAAUUUCUUCGAAGUUAUAAUCGCCAUCACUACCGAGAUUAGUCCGCAACACGAUUUGCAGUUUUGGGAAAUGAUCUAAAAUGUUUUUAUCUUUGAACACAAGGUAGCUCAAGCGUGCCAUUCGAUAAAUGAAAUCAAUGUCAGCGUUUCCCACAACGUCUACUGCAAAAACAUUCAAUUUGGAAGACAUCAUGGCUGUAAACAUGCUUAGGCGAUCAGUGACAGUGUCGUCUCCUAAAUCCGUACCUUCCACGUCAAGCAACAGCAUGCUUCCCACUUUUUGGCGAAUAACGUAUGCCCAUACGUCGCGAGUGACUGCCUUCAUUGAAGCGCCGGUUUUAAAAACUUCUUCAAUUACAGAAGAUGUUCUCUUUUCAUCCAAAAUAUGGCCAACUAGGUUUAAGAAAGUUGAUUUCCCAACUCGAGCAUUUCCAACGGCGGCGAUAACUCGGAUCGGUCGCUCCAUGUGCGAUAUCUCUUUCAAAAUAUCAGGCUUCAACUCAAACUUGAAUGCAUUCGGCGAACUUGUGUCAUUCACUGAACGCAGUAGGAUCUUGGCUUGCUGUGCUUCGGUUACUAUAACGAAGCCCGAAUCAGAGAGAAGCGUUCCAAAAGCGAUAAGCAGAAGGCAAAUCAUGAUUCACUCCCUGCUAUUCAAAGAAAGGAGUUUAAUUAACAAAUUCGUUACCCCAAAUCAUUUAUUCGGUGAGACCACGAGGGUGAAACACCUGUUUAAAAUUCAUGAAAUCACUUUCGGCCAAACAGGAAGCCAUAGGGUAAUUUGCAUUUUACCAAUAUUAAAUGAUACUAGAUUUUCCUUAUCUCUAUAGUCUCUAUGGUCUCCAUUUAAAGACCUACACGUUAACUGUUGUUAAGUAUGGAAAAGUCUGCUUCAUUUUACCUUCGUUGGUUUUCAUUCUUUCCGGGGCGUUUCAAGCCUUGCAAACGUUGCAAAACACAUUAAUUCCUGAUCAAAGAUGCAGUAUAAGCGGUUUCACUUUCGUUAUUAAACCGAAGGGGCGAAGUAUGAAGGGAGGGUCAUAGAUAGCUAGGGGACAGGGGGCUUCUCGUGCCACUGCUCAUCACAAAAGCACCGGCAGCAGCAUGCCAACACAGGACUUGCUUGCACAGAAGGGAACUUCUGCAUGGCAGACGAUGAAGCCUUCAAGAACCUCGCGCUCUGACCUGUGUCAGUGACUCAGAAGAAAGUGAUGAGGAUAGAGUAUUACAGAAGUACUUUAAAAUAGUUGGCGUUUAAGGCGUCCAUGUUUGAAAGGUUCGCUUUCUGUCGAGUAACGUCAAGAUAAGCCACUUUCAUGCUCAACAGGUCAAAAUUAGUGAUGAUUUCGCGUCUUCUAGUCUUAAAAUGUACCUUACUGAACUAUAGUGAGGUGCGAGAAUUCGUAAAAUAUCAUCCCUACAAUAAAACGUAUUGUGAAAAGCUUCAUUUCAGAUCGGAUAAAUGAUUAAGAACAAAAAUGAAAUAACAAUAACAUCGUGUUUUUCGUCCCAGUACGCAUCUCACUGAGUUAGAAUGUGGUAAAAAUUAGAUGUUUCGAAGGAUAACACAGAUACACGUAUAAUUUCAUUCGUUUGUAACGCAAAAGCGAUUGAGGCCUCUUCGGAGUUCACGUGCCUAAUCACGUGGCCAUAUUUUGCAUUGGUUUAGCAUGGCUGGCCCUGUCAUAAACAGCUUACGAUAUAUCAGUAGCUGUUCUUCAUGAAUGCAUAAGAAAUGGAUGUAAACAGUGAUUACCUUAGUAAGCCUCGUUUAAUAUCCAACCAUAAAUGGGAUGAAAAUGGUGCAGUCGAACCUGUGUUCAGCAGUCAUUAACGAAGAAUGGCGGUAUGAUCGCUCAAUACAGGUGCCACAGAGGUAAGUCAUAAAAAAAAGGACAAAAACGCUAUUUCAUCUAAUCAUUAUCCAUGAUAGAGGCAAAAGUUACAGCAUUUGAAGGAAAAAAAUUCUGGACUUUUCGAAAUCGACCGUUUGUUACAGGGUACCCGCUUAAUACGGUGUCGCGUAAUACAGAGCUAAAUAACCUGAAAUUUGGUUGAAACUGUAGAUUGUAUGACCCUUUCAUAUAAAAUAACAGAAUAAAAAUGCAUCUUUCACCCAUUUAUGCUACAGAGGCCGAAUAAAUGGCGCUCGGUCACGUGACCUCAAUUUGCACAACCAUGUUUGAGAUUCAUGUUGUAAAGAUGUAACUAUAAUUGAAGAUUUCCGUGUAGGCAAUAAUAAGUGUAGGCAAUAAUAAGUGUAGGCAAUAUCAGUGGUUUAAUGGCUGCGCCUCGUUUCCAUGAUUUAAAGGAGUGGCGUAUAGAUACAGUCCCUUGAUAUAAAACCUAUACAACAAAACAACUUCAAACUACUUGACAUUAAUCAGCCAGCAUUUUUCUAUCAAAAUCCACCAUCAAAUUUUUUCGCACUCGAUCAGUCUACGGAAACCCUUUUGGGGGUCCUGCUUCCGAUUACAUCCAUUAUGAUAAGAUGUUUCCAUUCUCUUGGUUUUGACUAUGCGCUACAACUGAAACAAGUAAACAAGUCUAGGUCAGGGAUUCCAGAUUGCCUGAUACAACUAUAAAAACUUAAAAGAAACGAGAUGACUGCCUUUUGCUGUGGGCAACGUUGAUCAUUUCAUGCAGAAUGCCAUAGUGCACUCGUAAAUAGCCAUCCGUUCUUUCUGUCACAGCCCAGGGAUAUAGAACUUUAACUUCCUGAGCAAUCACUCCGCAGUCCUCCCCGGUCAGUCCGAAGGUCUUCUGAGCGUUUUCAUUCCAUUCCCAGCAGACCCCCCUCAGGCCGAUAUCGUUGAACUCGGAGCAGGAAAGCGUUGUUACAUUGUCUUUCAGAUCUUCGUCGCUGAAAAAGUAGGCACCUGCGAGGAGUGGGGUUAAAUACUUAGCAACGCUCUUAGCAUAUUCCCACAAAUUUUCUUGCUCUUCGCGUCUUCUCUUUUCUUCCUUUAGUCUCCUAUUUUCUUCUUUCAAUCUUGUUCUCUCUUCUUCCCAUCUUCUCCAUUCUUCCUGUCUUCUUAUCUUCCUCCUCGCGCUUUCUUUUCUCUUGCAGCGUACUCUUAAGUUCUUCCUUCACCUUUAGUAUCUCGCUUGGUAGACUGCAUUCUUGUUCAAAUUUAUGUAAAGCUUUCAACAUAUUGUCUUCCAUUUCUCUCAAGGUUUGCUGCAGUAAGACAGGCUUGAUAUACUCUUCGUAUCUUCUUGUACAAAUAUAUGUUUCCAUGGCGGCAUAUACAUCUCCGAAAUCUUUCCAAGAAUCAUUAGGACUAUUCAUUGCUUCAACGAGCUUUUUAGUGAGGACACGAAGUGCUUCACCGUCAACCGGAAGGCCUCUAGAAGUAUUUUUUACAGGGCUGUCCUUCAUCUUCUGCACCAACUUUUCGAACAAAUUCCAAGCAGAACUCUUUUGCAAGCGCUUUAGGUCUCUGAAUAAUUCGGAGGGAUUAUCCACCGAAGGGAUGUGACUCACUGAAAUACGAUCUUUUGUAAAGUAUUUCUUGAUCGUUUUCUCCUUUUCCGUGCUCUGCCCGUCAGGAUGAAAGAUCUUCUGAAGGAUAUAAUCUUCAAGGCUGUCAUCAUCGGGGACGUCUAGAUUUGUCCGUAAAACGAUUCGAAGUUUGGGGAAAUUAUUUGGAAUAUCUCUUCCUUCGAAGACAAGCUCGCUCAAGCGUACUAUGCGAUAAAGGAAGUCGAUAUCUCCGUUUUUCACGACUUGUAGCGCAAAUAUAUUCAGUCCGGAAGACAACAUGGUUGUAAACAUACUAAGGCGAUCAUUUACACUAUCAUUUCCUAAAUCUGUACCUUCCACAUCAAGCAAAAGUAUGCUUCCAUUUUUAUCGGAAUGUCGUAUUAUGUGCGCCCAUACACCACGAGUGACAGGAUCCAACGAGGCACCGGAUUUAAAAACCUCUUCAAUUACGUUAGAUUUUCCCUCUCGACUGAUAAUAGAACUGAAUACGUUUAGGAAGGUUGAUUUUCCAACUCGAGCAUUUCCAACGGCGGCGAUAACUCGGAUCGGUGGUUCCAUCUGUGAUAUCUCUUUCAAAACAUCAGGGUUCAGCUCAAAUGCAUUCGGCGAACUUUUUUCAUUCACUGAGUGCAGUAGGAUCUUGGCUUGUUGUGCUUCGGUUACUAUAACGAAGCCCGAAUCAGAGAGAAGCGUCCCAAAGGCGAUAAGCAGUAAACAAAUCAUGGUCCACUCCCUGCUGAGUUUGAUACACAACUUCGACUGUUUGAUUGUCGAGAAGCGGAUCAAGAUUACUACUUUAAGAUUUUCCCCUAUCAAAAGUGUUAGUGUAAGAAGAGACAAGCGUGAAAAAAUCGAAGUUGUAACAAUUAAUUUGUAUGCGCUAAAAACCUGCUAUGACGUUGGCGCGUUCAAUCGAUACCCUGAAUUACUUAUUUGGUGAGACCACGAGGGAAAAACACCCGUUUGAAAUUCAUGAAAUACACUUCCGGCCUCGGAUGUAGGAUAAUUUUAAUUUUACAAAUGCAAUAUGACACUGGAUUUUCCUUAUCUCCAAGGCCCAUUUUCAACCUUGAUGCAACGCGGUCGUUAAGCCAGGCAGCUAAAAAUUUCGAACUUGAUGUUUUCGCCAACCCUGUAUACAGAGUACAAAGCCAUCCAUGCGCUUGACACUAGGAAACUUUUCAAUGACACGACUGGACACGAUCCUCAAAUAACUCCAUAUUUCUCUUUAAAAUAAACCAAUUUUCCUUAGGAAAUAUUCUACCUCUAUUUAGAAUCCUCAAGCGCUUCUAGAAAGUGAAAGAAUUCGAACGCUAUCCGUUUCGCCGACUCUGUACACAGAGUACGAAGAGACCAAGCGUGACACUCAUCCCAGAGCGUUUCAAGCCUUGCUAACGUUGCAAAAACAAAUUCUUAGUCAAAGAUGCAGUAUAAGCGGUUUCACUGUCGUUAUGAAUCCGAAGGGGCGAACUAUAAAGGGACUUGAAUCGCCGAAGGGUCAUGGAUGAUUUGGGAACGGGGGACUUCUCGUGCCACUGCUCAUCACAAAAGCACCGACAGCAGCAUGCUUUCUCAAGCCGAAGACGUGCUAGUGUAAGACGUCUGCCUGCAAGCGAAAACACAGGACUUCAUUGCACAGAAAGGUACUUCUGCACGGCAGACGAUGAAGCAUUCAAGAACCCCCACGCUCUGACCUGUGUCAGUGACCCAGAAGAAACUAAUGAGAAUAGCGUAUUGAAGAGGAACUUUACAAUAGUUGGCAUUUCAGGCGUCCAUGUUUAAAAGGUUUGCUUUCUGUGGUGUAAAGUACGAGAUAAGAUACUUUCAUGCUCAACAAGUCAAAAUUAGUGAUCAUGAUGAUUUCGCGUCUUUUAGUCUUAAUAUUUAUCUUGCUAAGAUAUAUUGAGGUGCAAGAAUUCGUAAAAUAACACACCCACAAUAAAACUUAUUUUGAAAAGCUUCAUUUCAAAAGAAUUUUUUAGUGGUUGAUUAAGUAACUUACUGAAGAACAAAAUUAAUAAUAAAAUCGCGUCCUUUCAGUCUCAGUAACCUCACUGAAUGAGAAUGUGGUGUAUGUACGUGAUUUCGAAAGAUGACACAGAUACACGUAUAAUUUCAUUCGUUUAUAGCGCAAAAGGGAUUUAUGCCCUACGUACCUGGUCACGUGGCCAUAUUCUGAUUAGGUUGAGCAUGACUGGCUUUACUUCAAUAAAAGCUUACUACCAGUAGUUGUUCUUCAUAAAACCAUAAGAAUGGGCAUUAAGAAACGGCGGCGAUAACUUGGAUCGGUUGCCUCAUCUGUGAUAUCUCUUUCAAAACACCAAGCUUCAGCUCAAAAGUAUUCGGCGAAUUUUUAUUAUUCACUAAAUGCAGAUGGAUCUUAGCUUGCUGUGCUUCGGUUACUUUAACGAAGCCCAAAUCAGAGAGAAGCGUUCCAAAUACGAUAAGCACUAUAAAAUAUAUAUUCUCUUGUCAACAGUAUAUAAUUUGUUUCUCUUGUUAAGCAUGGAACAGUGUGCUUCUCUUAUGAUUCGCCCAGUCUUAAGCGUUUCAAGCCUUGGAAACGUUUCCAAAUACAUUCCCAGUCAAACAUGCAUCAUAAGCGGUUUCACUUUCGUUUGAAAGCCUCAGUUCACCGAACGUAAUGAACCCAAAGCUUUCAAAAAAGCAAUGUGUUUUCCUUGCGAGAAUGAAGAGAACAAAGCUUAUUCAUCCAAAGCUUCUCCUUCAAGGUGAAAUUUGAUAACAAAAACACCAUGCAAAUAACAACCAGUUCAGCCUGCCAAUAUUAGACAGGUUCUUCUUGAAAAAUUGUAGAAAUCACAGUUAUAACAAAAAGGAGAAAGCUUUUGCAUUAAGAAUUGUAUUUAAAAUAAAAAACUACCCUCUCUUAUAGCAAUAAUAAAAGUGUUAUCUAGCGCCAAUAUCCUAAUAUCCUUCUAAAAUAAUAUUCAAAGGCGAGCUUUUUCAAAAAAAGUAAAAUAAUAUGCCUUCAUAAAAAGAUACCCUUUCUUAAAUUUUGUAAAUCAAAUGCUUAUUAAUUAGGUCUCUCAGUAAAUUAUACCCGAUAUAAUUUCAAGGGAAAAUUACGGACCUCAAAUAAUAUCAGACUGAUUACUCACCUCAUCAUAAAAAUCGUAGGUUCUUUUAUGCGGGUUGUUACGAAAAAUUGUCUAAGUAAAGUCCCAGAAAAUUCUAAUAGAACAUUCUAGAACCCGAAGUCAUCUAAUUUUUAAAAAAGAACAUUCUGGAACGUUCUAAAUUUCUUACGUAAUUAUUCAAAUUUAGAAACCCUUUAAUCUAAAAUUUAGGUUUUAGAGAAGUUUCUAGAUCCUUAUUUUAUGUAUAUAAGAGCGACAGUUCCAUCGAACAGAGAGAGAGAUUUGCGAAGAAGCUUAGUACUAUAAAAACAAGAAGUCAACUACGUGGAAAUAAAACAGUUUGUUGUUGUUACCGACGAUCCUUAGUUUUGUCUAGGAACAACCCUGCUCUACAUCGACACUCGUAACACGGGUGUUAACUGUAUUCCGACCUAACUAUAUUUCUGACCCUAAGAGCUCAGAGAAAAAAAAGGACAAGGUGGAGAUGUCUUAAAGGAAAACGCAAAUCAUCAAGUUCCAGAGAAUAUCAGUUGAUAUUCUUUCGUCAAGUUGUAAUUAGUUUAUUCAGGAGCCCAUUAUAUGGGCUCCUGGUUUAUUUCCACAUCUUUUCUGAUUGGUGUAUACGAUGUCAUGAGUUUUUUGGACCAAUCACAGAGCGAUGUAAGGCAAACUAAAUGCAAUCCCAGAUAACUUUCGACAACCAUUAAAAAAGAAUUGCUCCAAUUUGCUGUAGCAGUUUUUACAAACGAGGGUCAAAGCCAGCACAAUCUUACAAUGUUUGGCUUUAUUUACCUUUGUUUUUUAUCAGGUCACGACUUUCCUGUCGAAGCUUAAGCCAGGACAAACCCGAGACUGUUGGUACAAGCUGCUCCCGAUGCCUCAGUUGAAAGAAAUUAAGACGUAAGUCAUGCAUCAUACCAAUUAGGGUCUAUUUAUGUUUUUUGUAGAAACCUGGGUCUAAGUGCAUGAAAUCGAGGUUCUCUGGUAACUAACUAUACCAAGUCAAUUCCCCGCCCAACCCCCCCCCCCAAAAAACAUUUUAAAAAACUAUCGGAGGGAGCUUGUGAGAAGUAAGGAAAACGCAAAACGAAAUAAUCAAAACUACGACAGAGAACUUUGUUUAUCCAUAAAUUUUCAGUAAAAAGCAUUAUCUCUCAGGAUUUAUUAGUAAAUCUCGCCUUUAUAUUCCGAAACCAGCUUUCCAGUCUUCCCUCCAUGCAUAUAGAAAUUGUGCCAAUCGCUUGAGAAGAUUUAUUUGAGUCAACUGUUCGGUCAAGAAACACACACAAAUCAUGUUCAUCUCUUUCUAACUCAGUGUUAAGGAUUCACUUUCGCGUCUUUCGACAGAGAGAAUCUCGGUAGUAUCCGAAUGAAGGUCCGUCUGACUCAAGAACGCGUCUUACCGCAGAAAUGUUACCAGUCUUUAGUAGAGAUUCUUGUCAACUCCGCUAAGGACCCGGAGAGCCUGGAUCCUACAGCGUUGAGCUUAAUAGAACAGCUGACUGCCGCUGACCAAGCAAUACUGGCUCACCAGCUUGUUCGUCUGUUUAUUGGCCAAGAUCUCGUUAUACCGUUUCUCGACUAUCUGACUCUUCGCGAAAUAAGGAAUACAAGUAUAAGUAAUGGCUUUGUACUUUAAUUUCUUUAUGUGAUAAAGACUUUGAUAAGAGCAUAGGUUAUCAAAUAGCUGAGAAGGAGUUUAUACGAACCCAUCGCAACUUAGGCUUUGCCUCCAUGCUAAGAAUUCAAUAGAAAUAUCCAAAAGCCAGUCCAUCGCAUAAUCCUGCUUCAGGACCAGAGGGGGAAGCUAAGGAAGAAGGGGGGAGGGGUUAUUGCCUGCAUUUGCCUUACUCUUUUCAUGAAUCAACUUUUCACGCCUUCAAGUGCUAAUAGACAGUAGAGCUCGACUCUCCACCCCCCCCCCCUUUGAGGAUAUAAACAAAAAUGAAAAAUUUGGAAUGUGAAUUUCGCGCAAAUAGAAGAUCUUGAAGAAGAAGUGAGAUUCCCUCUCAGGAAACUUUCCUCAGAAGAGUUCACUUGCUUACCAACCACACAACGUUUUUGUUGUUGUUGUUUUCUUGUUUAUAGGUUGUCCUAGGACUCUGUUUAGAGGCAACAGUCUGGCAGCCAAGUGUAUGGAACAAUUCAUGAAGGUAAUGUAAACAGUGCUCAACUAAACAUGAGAUGAUCAACGAGGAAAUAUCAUCCUAAUUUAACAAGCAAUCCAGGUGACUAACAUCGAAAAACGUAUGGUGCUCGGACACGAAAUAAAUGCAUGUUUUAGAUGCGAGGUCUCCACAGAGGUUCAGCCACAACUUUACUCUUUAUGGUUUUAUGGCCUGGAUAGCUUGCUAUCGUCCCUCUUUUCAGUAAAAUUUUCUGACUACUGAGGUCGUUUUUCCACUGUAAGAUUGUAGGUAUGCCAUACCUUUCGGAAACAUUGAAACCAGUUCUUGACAAGAUAUUUGAAGAACGCAAAUACUGCGAACUCGAUCCAUGCAAAGCUGCGGAACGGAAACAAAGCGCUCUCAGGUGAGGUAUACUAGUCAGUCAUUUGAACCAAUCAUCACUGACGAAUAAAAGCCUUUGAAAACUUAGGCCCCACAAACAAACCAAUCGGAAGGAAUAGUAGAGACACGAGAUUAGCAGAACAUGUGAGUAAAAGGACGCAUUUACCUUCCCAGAUCGAGAUAUCAAUUAUCUGCAUUGUCUGCGACACAAGUAUUACUAUUAGAAUAACAGAGAUGGCAAGUUUUGAGCUCGGUAAAGACAUAGAGAAAAAUGUUUUUCGUCUUGUCACGAGCGCGGGAUAAAGAAAAAAAAAAUUCUGAGUCCUCAUAAGGAAUCGAACCUCAGACCAUCGGAUUCCGCGGAUUUUUUUUUUUCAAUUUUUUUUUCUCUAAGUAUUACUAUAAUGGCUCAGAGAAGUUGGUGUUUGAUUGAGCAGUAUUUCUUAACUGACUUGACUUCUCGGUUUACUUACAAUUUUAUUUGGGAACGUUUGUUUAAGGGAGGAGACGGAAGGAACAGUGGGUGGAGAGGGGAAGGGGGAGAUGGGUUAUUACCAAUUUGAAGCUCUAGUGGGGAGGAUCGGAGUUCAUUCAAGAAGGAACAGGGGUUAAUGGAACGGUCAUAUUCGUUUAUGAUAGCCUAAAAAGGAUCGAGGAUGGUACCAGAUGCAGACCAUUAACUAGGUACCGUUUCUGAGAAGAACACGCGGAGACGUUGCUUUUAGUAAAACCCCCUGUGAAAAUUAUAACACCUAUAAACUCAGUUUCCUGACCUUUUGCAGACGCCUGAGCUUGAGGCCAGUUGACGAGCAAGACAAGAGUCUGUCAGUGUUGACCACUUACUUAGAAACAGUCAUGAUGUCAAUCCUGAACUCAGUAAAAGAAUGUCCAAGCUACAUGCGCGCGGCCUUCAGGAAUCUCGCUCGGAGAGUCUCGGAUCGCUUUGGUGAUAUACCUGAUUACGAGGUGAAUCACCAGAAAUGCUUAUUUGUAGCUUGAUUUCCAGUUUUCACCAUUAACCCUUUAAACUUUAAUAUAUAUUUUCCAUACUUUUCACCAUACAUUUCCAUUUCCUAUAUUUCCAUGACCUCAGUAUUUGAUUCAGCGGUAAAACUUUAAGAAAUUGUAUGUCAGUCCCUCUGAGAAGCUUGUGGUUUUUAAAACAAUCUCCCAGUAAAGAGAUUGUAUGGUAUGCAUUGGUCGUAAAACCAAAAUAACCAAAGUAAUCAUAGCGGCCAAUUAGAUCAUGGAAAAUAUCACAAGGAGUCAAUCAGAGCUCAAAGUUAAGUUCAAGCAACCUGCCGGAUGCGCGGGAAAAUACAAGUGGACAAGUCACUGUUUGUUGUAGUUUUGCUUUUUAUUGGUUAGGAGGGUGAACUGGAAAUUCCUUUAUGUGAUAUAACCAGUUCCUAAAAUCACCAUCUUUCAUCCUGUUGGCCGAAGCCCAAAUCUUUCGGGAGAACUAAUGAAAAUAAAGCGCAAAGUGAAGAUGUCAAAGUCCGCAAAACUGAAGAUAUUUCAGAUAGCGUAUAUUGACACAGUGUAGCCUGGAAACUAAACAGGCACGCCAAGACUGCUCCUCAGUCCCCCGCAGCCUUGAUUUAAUCGUAGCUAAUACAAUCUCAAAUGUUAGAAAUGACUAAAUCAUUCCUUUUUCAGGACUCUAAGUACACAGCCGUGAGUGGUUUCCUGUUUCUACGAUUCUAUGUGCCAGCAAUACUUGGACCCAAGCUCUUCGGUCUGCGCGAAAACCACGCCGACAAAAAUGUGUCCCGCACCCUAACCAUCCUAGCAAAGGUCAGUAUUUAGGAAGAGAAGGACGAUGACGACAAAUAAGAAAGUGCGCCUGUCAAACUUAAGAAGGAGAAGGGCAAAGGGUUUGGUUUCAUUGAUUUGCGAAUUUAAGACUUUCCCAAUCAGAAUUAAUUCACGACGAUGCAAUUUUCUUUAAACGUUCCCGGACAACGUGAAAUCUCUUUUGUCGUCAAACCGCAAGAAAUAUUUCUGAUUGUUCUGUUUUGUUUGUUGCCUUUGUUGUUAGACUGUCCAGAAGAUUGGAAACAUAGAACUCCCUCUUCAAAACGGAAAGGAGGAAUGGAUGGGACCACUGUACAAGUGGAUCGCAUUAUACACUGAUGAAGUAAAGGACUUCCUGGAUCAGCUUGCAGACGUGGAAGAUACAGAAGGUGACUAUCUUUUGAUAGCAGGGCAUUCGCCAUAUCCUAACUUUAGUCAGAAAAACAGUCUUGACUCGAAGAAUGAAACAGUGAAAAAAUAACGAAUUUUCGAUUGGAGGUGGUAUGUGAAUGACGGCUUAGGCACACUUUGGGCGUAUUCCAUUGGCCAAAAAAUUUAGUCUCCUCUUGACCACCACGCGAAAGGAGAGGAAAUCUUCGUGGAUGAUUCUCUACCUUUAAGGUUCUCCUAGUGUUUCUUUGAUUGCCAAAUUAAAACUACUUUUGCUUACUUCUCUUUUUCUCUGUCCCCUAUAAUUUUUAGUUCCAGGUUGUGACCACAGGAGGACCGUAUUCAGUCACUCACUGAUCAUCAAGGAAGGCUCUCUCAAGAAAAGUCGCUACAGGGACACCAGGCUGCCAAAGCCGUUCAAGUUCAAAAAGCGCAAUUGUUGGCUCAGCACUGAGAAUUUCCUUUACGCCAAAACAAACGAUUCGCAGGUAACACAUUAUUAAAGCAGGGCGUUGCAUAAGAUUACAAUAGACCUGUGGUGAGAUUUAUUUCCAAAUAUCGGUAAAUGGCAUCGGAGACACCGCACUCUUAUGGCUGACCCAAAAGAUGCAGGUGCGAUCCCUAGCCUCGGUCAUGAUGUUGUGUUAUUAUAAAAGACACGUAACCAUUGCAUUGCCCCCCCUCCUACCCCCAAGACUUAAACGGGUACCGUCUAAUAGUCGAAAAAACCACGAUAAGCUUGGAAGGGAGCGAAUUGGGGGAGGGGGGAGGCAACUUGCAUCUGAGUAGUCUCCCAUCUAGGAGGGGUAGAGAUACUUUUUGUCUCUUCAUGACACAUAAACCGAGAUGCACUUCAGCAGCUGGUCCGGAAUCAGUUUUGUAUUAAGACGAAAUGUAUACGAAAACUAAUCAGAUGGUAUAACUUAGUUCGACGUGAUCUCUGCGUUCAACCAUUAGCUUCUAUCGUAAUGGUAAUAAAUGUAUGAUGUAACAAAAUAAGGGGGGGUGUGCCACUCCCACACUCUGUCUAAUUGACUUUUCCACUUCACAGACAAGGCAGUUUCUUCCAACCACAAAAAUUCUUGCCGUGGAACGAGUUGACGAGUCAGCUUUUCAAAAACCCAACGUGUUUCAAGUGGUCAGUAAGGGUUACGAUGAAGCUCUGCAAAUUCUCUACCUCGCCGCUCAGGUAAAUUAUACUAUCGUCACAUCAGAAACUCAUGUAGUAAUGCAAACUGUGCGUAUUCUUCGUGGAAAAAUAAACCAUGCCUGCCCCGACAGCUUGUAUGCUACACAAAGGUUGUUGCUGAGCCCGCAAGCAAGAGCCUCGCUGCAGGCAACAAAAAAGGUUGAUAAUGUUUUACUUUAUCUUCAGGAUGUGAACGAAAUGAAUCAGUGGCUUUCAGCGAUAAGGAAGACCACCAUUUCUAAUACUAAUCUGCUCAAUUACUUCCAUCCGGGAGUCUUUCACAAAAACAAAUGGACAUGCUGUAAGCGAGUCAUCCAAUCAGGUCAGUGGAUUCGAUCACGUGUUUUGUAAAAGAGUUAUAAAAACCAAUCCGACCUAAGGAAGAGCUCUAGCGGUGAAGCAGGUCGAUUAUAACCCACCCACAUGCCUCACUCAUGCCUUGUAAUAAGAAAGUGGGAAAGGCUCGGUUGAUUGCGCCUUAAUACUUUAAACCCCAGCUUGUGAAGACUAACAAAAAAUUUCUGCGCCCUGUUUCAGCUGGAGGUUGUCAGCGGACACAUACACACGUGACCUUGAGCGACUGGCGAGAUCCAUUGGACCCAGACUCCGAAGCGCAAAUGAUUUUUACACAGCUUCUUCAAAGUCGAGACGAGAUUCGAAAGAAAUUUCUUGGAAUUAAUGAGCAGCGGAAACAUUCUCAAGAAUCUUACGACACAGCGAAAGAUGAAGAGAUAUCAGUAAAGGACUCACAUACGUCUUCAACAGCCGAAAGAGCUAUGGCUACGAAGCUGUUGGAGGUAAUAGAUGAACUCGAAAAGGCUCACCAAACAUUCGAGGAGAAAGCUAUUAGAAAAUAA